AAACGGAACUAUAAUUUUUGUUCCGGACUUCCGGUUUCACUGGCCCCGCCCCCUCGUGCUCCCUUCAGGAUUCUUCCUCCAUUGUUCUCGUUUCGUCAGCAGCGGGAGCGUCGCUGGAGCUGAAAGAGAGAAGCAGCAGCGGCUGAUCAUGAUGAUGAUGAACUCUGGAAGGACGUUUGCGGCUUGAGGCUCAGCUGGAGGGAAGCAGAAGCUCCAGCAGCGGAGGAAGAGACGCCACAAGAUGGAGGACGUUUUCCAGACCAGAGUCCUGCUGCGCACAUCAGAUGUUAAAAAAGAGGCUGAUGUUGACCAGCAGGAGGCGCUGCGUCUCCAGAUAAAGGAGGAAGAGGAGGAACUCUGUGUGAGUGAGGAAGGAGAGCAGCUCAGAGUGAAGGAGGAGACGGAUGGCAGGUUUCCAUCGACUGCAGCUUCGAUCAGCAAUGUUAAAGAAGAGCCUCCAGAAAAUCAGAGUCCUGACGUGGAUCCUUUCGACGUAAAAGAGGAAAAUAGUAAAAUCUGCUCCAGUCAUGAAGAGAAGCUGCUCAGAGUGAAGGAGGAGCCUGAUUAUUCUAGGUUCCCAUUAAAUAUUGUUUAUGUUAAUAGUGAGGAUGAUGAAGAGAAACCAGUGACGUCUCAGCUUCAUCAGCCCCAAACAGAAAAUGGAGAUUUUCCAACCAGCAGCUCAGGCGACCAGAUAAAAGCAGAAAUUGAAGUUGAGAUCUGUGGAGCAGCAGAGUCCAGCAGGAACCCAGAUAUAAAUACACCUGGAGGAACUUUGAGCCAUUCAGAGACUGAUGAUGAGGAUGAAGAUGAAGAGGAUGACGAUGAUGAUGAUUGGAACCAUCAUGAAUCGCAGCAUAGUCAAUUGUCAGACUCUGUGACUAAAGAUGGUCAUCAAAAAUCACAUUUAGACAAAGAUGGAAACAUUCCCGUUGGUGACGAACCUUUUGAUUGUGAUUUUUGUGGGAAAAGUUUUUCCUUAAAGUCAUCUUUAAACAAUCACGUGAAAAUCCACACAGGAGAGAAAUCCUGUGAUUUUUGUGGAAAAACAUUUAACUCCAGUUCAGAUUUAAAGAAGCACAUGAGAGUUCACACAGGAGAGAAACCGUUUUGUUGUGAGGAUUGUGGAAAAAGAUUUUCCCUAAGUGCAUCUUUAAACAGACACAGGAGAGUUCACACAGAAGAGAAACCAUUUGGUUGUGAUGUUUGUGGGAAAAGAUUUACCGUAAGCUCAUAUUUGGAAAAACACAUGAGAAUCCACACACAAGAAAAACUCUUUAGCUGUAAUGAUUGUGGAGAAACAUUUUCCUUAGGGGUAUGUCUAAAGAGACACAUGAGGAUCCACACAGGAGAGAAACCUUUUGGUUGUGAUGUCUGUGGUAAAAGGUUUAACUUAAAGUCUAAUUUAAACGUACACAUGAGAGUACACACAGGACAGAAACCCUUUGGUUGUGAUGAAUGUGGUUUAAAAUUUAGCACAAAUUCUAAUUUAAAGGAACACAUGAGAAUCCACAAGGAUGAAAAAGCCUUUGCUUGUGAUGAAUCAGCGGGAGCGUCACUGGAGCUGAAGGAGAGAAGCAGCAGCGGCUAA